AUGGCCACCAACCUCCACCAUCACCGCGACCAGCACAACAUGCCCGACGACGGCCUCCACCUUCUAGACUUUCAGGACCUCCACAACGGACCAGGACCGCUCAGUUACCCGCCUAAGUACUCCACCCUCAGCCCGCAGAGGAGUGUCCGGGGGGACUUGCGCGACACACCGCCGGACGCCGGCGACGACUCCCAAGCGUCGCGCGACGUGCUGCGCUCGUCGAGGGGCACGGCCAACAUCGCCUCCAACCCCUCUCCCCUCGAUCCCACUGUUUCAGGGCGGCACGCUCCUGAGCCCUCUGAACACGGCCCACCCUCCCCGCUCGAUUGGGAGGAGCUCGGCGCCGUGCUAGGAUGGCACCGGCCUGGCACUACCUGUUGUGUCCAGGACCACGCGGGGAUUGUGCACGACGUCUCCCGCGCCAUUGUUGUGGCUCGCGCCACCGCGAACACGAGGUCCCGGGAGGCGGUACGCUCUGCCUCCGAGUGGUGUGAGGCCGCGCGUGUGGCGGCCGCUCCCCGCCUGCACCCGACAACGGCACACUACAUCCAAACCCACGCCGAGGACCUGCAGCGCGCCCAAGCCAACCAUAAACAACAAGUGACGCGCCUUCUCCAGGUCUUCUGCAGCGGACUGGAAGAGAUUCCCCUUGUCUAUCCCUUCCGCUGCCCCCACGACACCUUCGCGGGGCUCAUGGGACAGCUCUCAGCUGUCGAGGCGUCGUUCGGUGCAGGCCUCCACGACGCGGCGCACACCCUCUCAGCAGCUCUGGACCAACUCCACCACAGCCUCAUCAACAGUAUUGGGCCCGGUGAGCCGGUCAUGCCCGAUGUUGCGGCGUUUGCGGGAAACAUUGUCUUUGAUCACUGA